GCGGCGGCAGUACCUGGCAGCCCUGGCGAGAAGGCUGAACUUGAACAGUCAGUCUGACGCGGCCUUUCUCGUACGGAAGAGGAAAUGAACUGCUACCGAACUCUCCUGCUCCGGUGGUGGUGGUGGUGCUGGUGGUGGUGGACUUUGGUGGUGGUGACUUCUGCGGCAGCGACGGAGGAUCUGCCCGCCGGAGAGCCUGAACAAGCAAGGUCCUUCGAAAACAACCCUUUGCCCGGCGCUGUGAACGGUCUCCAACCAAACCCUGUUGAUGGGACUGACCAAGGCGGCGUACCUCAAGGAGCUCCUCUGCCUCCCUCGCCUUCCCAGCGUUCCCCAGUGCCUCCUGACGCUCCUGUAACCUUGACGCCGCAACUCGUGACACAUAACCCGAGGGAGACGACGCAGAAGAAGGUGCCAGAUGUGGAGAAGAAGGCGGAGGAGGAGGAGGAGGAGGGAACGACUCAGAGAAUAAUGGAGGAUGAAGAACAGAACCAAAGCCUAAAUGUGAGGGAGGAUAAAAUAACGGAGGAGGAAGAGGAGGAGGUAAUGGAAGAAGAGAAUGACAAGAGAGAGGAAAAGAAGGAGGAAGAAGAGGAGGAAGUAAAGAUGGAACAAGAACAAGAACACGAAGAAGAGGAAGAAACGAAGGAGAAGGAGGAGGAAAAAGCAAUCCACAUUCCUCCCAGCAUAUAUUCUUCACUAGUACAAGAGGAGGAAGAGGACGAGGAGGAGGAGGAAGAGGAAGGAGAGUGGCAUAUCCCGGGAAGUGUGUGGCAGCAACCUAACGAGAGGGCGCCGACGACCCUUGAGCUCAUGGUGAAGAAGGCGUCGACGAAGGGACAUAAGGCUGAGAACACUGAGGGAAGGCUUGGGAACGUGACCUUUAUGUCCCCUUCAGACCACGACCACCCUAUGCUUCAACAACCGCAACAACAACAACAACAACAACAACAAUUUUAUCAGCAACAUCCACAAUGGCAGCACCACCAACAUUACCAGCACCAGCAGCACCGCCUGUCCCAGCAGCUGUACCAAUACCUGUACCAUCUGGCUCGCACCAGCCCACGCGCCAACCAGCUUCUUCACCACCUGCUGACCCACCCACAGGCCCAGGGAGUGAUGGAACAUGUCCUGGCCCAGCAGUGGUACCUACAGCAGCAGCAGAGGGAGCAGGAAAGAAUACAAGAACUGGAGGACAAAGAGAAGCUAGCAGAUGACGAGGAAGAGGAGCAGGAGGAGGAGGAGGAAGUGAACAGUGAGGUGGAGACUUUCAACAUUGUCAUCACCAAGAAUUUAACGGCUGGUCAGUCCACACCCACUGUCCAGGAGCUGCCCGAUGCCAUGGUGGAUGCAGUUCUCUUAAAUACCAGCGUUUCGUCAGUGGGCAGCCUCGGAGCUCUGAGGCGCGUGGUUGAUGCUGCCGUGGCCAACGCAGUCAUCACACAGCCACUGACCAUUCAGGACGCUGUGGCUCAGGUUGUUGAGGCCCCAGGGAAGGAGGUAACAGUCAGCGUUCUCAACUCCACCAUUAGCGACCGUUCACAGCUCUACUCCACCCUGAACACCCUCCUGGGCUCACCUGUGGAGUUCACCGAGUCUGGCACCACUGUAGGUCAUGUGGCACCCCCUACAGACGGCUCGCUGGUCAGUGCCAUGCUGCGGAAGACUCUAGGCACCCAGGAGGCACUCAGUAUUAAUGCCACAUCCAAGACUAAUGUGGUUAAUAUCUUCAUUAUUAAUAUUAUCGGUGGUGUGAAGGGAGAGGAGGAGGAGGAGGAGAGCGAGUCAUCUGGUCUUCCUCCUCAUCCUUCAGUCUUCAACCCAGCAUCUUCUCCUCCUCUUCCUCCUUCUUCUCUUCCUUCUCCCUCCUCUUCCAUCCAACCACAGCCUCAAACUGCCCUCCCUCCUUCCCCUUCUCCUGUCACAAGUCUUCCUCAUCCCCUCCCUCCAGCUCCUCCUCCUCAUCUUCCCUCACCUUCCCUUCCCUCUCCUCCUCUUCCUCCCUCCUCCACACCACAGCCCUUAGAGAGUUCUGCAGCCCCACAAAAGCCCCAUUCAGCCUCAUCUAUCCUCCCUCAACCUCCCCCUAACAUGUCUAUCCGCCCCCAGCCUCCCCCAGCUUUAUCUUUCCCCCGCCCUCCUGGUGCUGCCCCGCCAGGCCGCCCCCAGCCAGAACCAGCCCCAUCCUCAAACCUUAACCCCGGGGGACUCCUGCUGAACAACAAUCACAUGCUGGCGCUGCUCCCGGAGUUCGUGCGUGCCACCACCAUCCCGCCUGUGGUGCCGCUGUACAACACCUCCGUCCACGGCCUCCUGGGCAUGCAGCCGUCAGUGCUCGGCCUGCUGCCCAACAGACUCUUCUCCGUGGUCAAGCCGAGCCUCACGUCCCUGGCAAACGCUACCCUAGCAGGCGUCAUCCGGAAGACUCUGGACGGGAACCUCACCGCCUUCACCCUGCCGCCCCUGCCCAGCACCCCAGCCCCCCCACCCACCUCCCCCAUCCCCUCCUUCGCCCCCUUCCCAGCCGGUUCUGUCCCUGCCUACCUCCUGCCGUUCCUCCGCCGCCCACCACACGGGUCCCCGGCCUACCCAACGCUGCCCGUCCUUGGCUCUGCCCGCAAGCCCCGCCCCAAGGUCCAGCCCAAACAGGCCAGUCCCCCGCCCCAGCCCAAACAAGGUGGUACCCUGCCCCGGCCCCAGAGUCCCCUGCAGGAGGUGGUGGUGGUGCACAGAGCCCCGGCUGCCCCACCCCUGGCCGAUGACAACCUGCUGGAGGCUACCGAACUCACUGAGGGUGAGCGCCCAGGGAGUGUCCCUGGCCAGAAGGACACCACUGAGGAAAAAAAGGCCAAGAAGAAGCCCAAGAAGGAGAAGAACAAGUCCUCCCUGUCCUCCAUCAGGACCAUGGCCGCCGACGCCGUGGACGCCAUCGACUCCAACAUGAACAAUGUGAUGAAGGCCGUGGCCAUCGGCGCCGUACCCAGUGGCAUUGCCUUUGCCACAGCACUCUGGCCAUACUGGGCGCCACUGGUGCUGGGCCGCAGGCGACGCAGGGACCUGGGGAGGCUGGUGGCAGGCCAGGAGGGCACCCCACAGGCAGGCCAGGCAGACAUCACACAGGAUUGGCUCAGCAUCCUGACUGGCACCAAGUACAAGGGUGCCGGCGUUGGGUUCCCCUCGGCCUGGCACAAGAAGAGGGACAGGCCGGUCAGUGCCAGGCCUAGCCCAGGGACAGGCAAGCUGGCCCUUCCCAGAGUGCCGGGGCCAUCCAGUGAGCCUGAGGCCAUGCACACCACCACCACGGAGCACGCCGCCGCUGCCGCCGCCACCAAGCGGUCAACCGCAGCCACACUGGCUGCCACAGACCUGGACCAGUCCAUCGCCCAGGUGGUGUCCUCCCUCACAGACCUGCCUGCGGCCACCAGGAUCCAGCCCGGUGGUGACCCCCAGCCUGCUGAGGGCGCCGCUGCCGGGUCACCCUCCAAGCCUGACGUCAGCCUGGUCACCAACUUCCUGUACUCAGCGCUGCAUGACUGGAACGGCCAGGCCACAAAGGGCACACAGGGGGGGCACCAAGGCAAUGACGGGGUUCCACCUGUGCCCAGUGAUGCCAACUUAGCUGUGACCUCAAAGGAACCCACUGAGAACUCAUCCACCUCCUCCAUCUCUUUCUCUUUCUCCACCAUCAGUAACGCCACAACCAACGCCAUCAACACUGCCUCAACAGCCGCCACCUCCACCUCUGUCUCCACCCCUCCCAGCUCCACCUCCACCACCACUACUCCCAGCUCCACCACCACUGCAGCCUCCACCACUCCCAGCUCCACCACCACCACCACCCCAGCCUCCACCACCCCCAGCUCCACCACCACCACCACUCCCAGCUCCACCACCACCACCACCCCAGCCUCCACCACUCCCAGCUCCACCACCACCACCACCCCAGCCUCCACCACUCCCAGCUCCACCACAACCACUUUGGCCUCCACCACAACCACCACCACUAAGCCCACCACAAGGCAACCAGUAACAAGAGCCACAAGACCUUCCACCACCACAACCACCACCACCAGGCAACCCUCAACAAGACGCACCACCACCACCACCACCACCACAAGACGACCACUCAGGAGAACCAGAACAACAUCACCUGUAACAAGGGCAGUCACCACCACCACCACCACACCACCCACCACCACCGCCACCACAACCACCACCACCACCACAGCCCCAGGUAUAAUGGAGCGGAUCUCUUCCACCAUUGGCGCCACAAGAGACCAGAUGACCUCGGCCAUACGCUUUGUAGGCUCUGUUGCUCUGUACGGCGCAGCGGCACUGAUGCCAUUCUGGGUGCCAAUUGUAGUGGGGAAAAAGAAGAGGAAGAGGAGGAGGAGGAGGGAGUUCAGCUAUGAGGAAGAGGAGGAGGAGGAGAUAGAUGACCCUUACUUAUUGAAACUUAUCCAAAUGACAGAUGAAAAAGAGGAGGAGGAGGAGGAAGAGGAGGAAGGGUCAUUGUAUAAAGAUGAAGGUUUUAAACUCAAUCCUCGUUUAGUGAAAGGAGGAGGAAGGAAGAAGGAGGCUAAAGGAGGAGGAGGAGGAGGAGGAGGAGGAGGAGGAAGCUUGGGUAUGAGGAAGAAGAUUAGGAGAAGAAGGAAGAGGACCAAUAUUGACUGAAGGAAGAAGAGGAGGCGGAGGAGGAGGAAGGAAGAGGAGGAAAAGAGUGACCUAGGAAGAGAAGAGAGAAGAGGAAGAGGAGGGUGAGGAGAAGGAAGAAAAAGGAGAAGGAAGAAGGAUUAAAGAGAAGGAAAAAGGUAAAUAAGAUUAUUAUUAUUAUUAUUAUUAUUAUUAUUAUUAUUAUUAUUAUUAUUAUUAUUAUUAUUAUUAUUAUUAUUAUUAUUAUUAUUAUUAUUAUUAUUAUUGUUGUUAUUGUUAUUGUUAUUGUUAUUUUUGUGUUUGUCUGUCUCUGUCUGUCUAUAAGCUUAACAUGUAAUUUAUUUAUUUAUUUAUUUAUUUAUUUAUUAUGUCUGUCUGUCUGAAUGUAUGUGUGUCUGUCUGUAUGUACGUAUGUUAUUUUUUGUUAUAUGUGUAGUUUAGUUCUGUUGUGUCCCAGUUAAUAAAUGUUUAAAC